CAGCGUUCAAUUUCGUCCCACGGCACAUCCGCUGAGCAACAGCACCGCAGAAGUACAUUUUUCAGUUUUUUGUAUUUCUGAGCACAGCAGUAAACAUUUUCAACUACUUAUUUUAGCCUACAUCUUUCCUACAUCGGCAUCAGUUACUCUAAUGAAAUCUGGUGUCCCAAAGGGUGAGAACUGCCUUGUAGACAUGGACUCCAAGGCAGGGGAUCUCUUCAGUGCUGAGCCAGCCGACGCUGCUGGAUCCGGAGGUGUGAUGGGAAACCUACCACUAAAGGAACUAGAUGGUUUACCACCCUGGCUUUCUGCCUUGCCUCACAGGCUGUGGCUGCCCAAAGGCCUCUCGGCCACUGUGGCCAAGGAGUGGUUUGAUCGUCGCCGCGCGUCAAUCCGUCCCUGGGCUGGCUUCGUGGAUCAUAGGAAGUUCACCAAGCCCCGCAACUUUGGUGAACUGUGCCAGAGGGUGGUGCGCAACUUUGACACCUACAACAGCAACUACAUCUUCAUCUUCCUCGGCCUUAUCCUCUACUGCAUUAUCAGCUCUCCCAUGCUGUUGAUUGCUUUGGCAGUCUUUGUUGGUGCCUUCUACAUCAUCCACCUCAAGUCCCUGGAGUCCAAACUGGUCGUCUUUGGAAAAGAGGUGACCGGACCUCACCAAUUGAGUCUGGCUGGGGCGGUCUCUUUCCCUGUGUUCUGGUUGGCUGGUGCAGGAGCUGCAGUGUUUUGGGUCCUGGGUGCGACGAUGUUUGUGAUUGGCUCUCACGCUGCCUUCCGAGAGCUGGAGGGAGGAUCGGAAAUGGAGGAGCUCUUCAUGGAGCCUGUGUGAAGGCAUAUCGAUAGAGGAAUCUUUAUAUCUGUGCCAGUCUAGCAUCUGUGACAGCAUUGGCAGUGCCAUUGAGGCUACAACCCAUAGGGAAUCCCCACAUGGGUGACUACUUUAAAAUGGCAGAAGCAUGUUGGAAGGCCUCAAUGGUGCUGCCCAUGCUAAAGCAGCCUUUUGGCCACUAGAGGCCUCUCUCUUUCUCUGUGUGAACCCUCAACACUCACCUUUGACCUUUCAUAAUAUAACACAGAAUGCACCUUCUCUUGCCUCUGAAGUGAUUUGCUGUUACUGACCCUCUACAACUCUUUAAUACCAUAAUAAUACUCAAUUUAGACAAAUAUAUGGAUUGACUGUCAUACACAUAGAGUGACUGAGAUGUUCAUAUACCUCAGCACAUACUUCAUACUGUAUGUCUUUUCCAAAUGUGACUGAUACUUCUCAUUUGUGUUUAAUACACCUUUCUUCCCGUGAAGUAUCAGUGUCACCUUUGUUUAAUGCCUCUGUACCUUCUGUUUAAUGUUGUGGAUAUCUAAUAAUACAACAUGUCACUCGGUCAACUCAAGACCUGACAUGUUACAAAGAGCUUUAACAUCGCCACAGUAGUAAUAAUUCAGAUUGUUUUUUUUUAUCCUAUAUAGCUGAUGUUGAGUAAGUCCGCAGUGAGCGCAUGAAAAACUGCAUGAGGCAAGUGGCAUCAAAUCGCCAACGCUUCUCUGACUGGGGAAGAAGUGCCAUUUGCAGCUUUACAAUGUAUUUUGUUCAACUAGAAGUAAUAGUUCUUUUGGACAUAUUGCAUUUACUUUAAAGCAAUGCUUAGUGGAUAUUCCAGAUACCUAAUGGUGAUUAAGCAUUAUGUUUAAAUCAUACUUUUAGGUGUAUGCAGGCAUGUGGUGCAGUGUUGUUGGGUAACUUUUCAGAAUUUAUUAGCUCUGCUUUAUGACUUAGACAUUUUAAAAGUCAAUAUUAUUAUUUUUAAAUAUAUUUCAUACUUGUCACGCUAUCUUUAUGCUAUUUUUUUGUAUUUUUUAUGACAAUUGGGAAGUGCAUUAAACUAUCCUACCUGUAA